AUGGAAUCAGCAGCAAAAGCAACGGACAAGAAGGAUAAGGCAGGCGGCGCGGAGCCUACGCUUUCUCCAGCACGCGAGCAACCGCAGCUACCCACAUCAACAAGUCUGACAGAUCCAGUUCCAGCCAUCAAGGACGAACUUGAUUCCUUACCUCCUCUACCGCCAAGUCCGCAUUCGGAGGUCACAUACAAAGCCGAAAAUCCGCAAUCCAAAGGCUAG